AUGUCCUGCCACGGAGCGCGGGUCGACGACCCAUCCAACAGCUGCCACAGAAGCAGGCGAACGAGCGCAAUAUCGCUGACCCUAGCCUUCCUAGCGCUCGUGUCCUGGUGGCCCCAGGCUGCUGGGCUCGAUCCGAAGUUCGAUCCCUCCACGAGAAUGCGGCUCGUGCUGGUACCUGCGGACGCCACAGUUGGUUCCGUCAUCUACCGGUUGCGGGCCUCGGAUGAGGAGUUCGAGUAUCCGCUGCAGUUCGAGCUCGUCGGUGAGGCGUCCUCUUCGACGGUUCAGAUCGAGACACUGCCCUGCACCAAGUUCAACUCUAUCUGUCAGGCGAACGUGAUACUGACACGGCGGCUCGAACCGGGCCGGUACUACGACUUCCAGGUGUCGGUGAAGGACACCAAGGGUGGCAUGUCCUUGCAGAGCUGCUCGAUCACUGCCACCAACGUCACCACACCGCACGACGUCAUCUUUCCGCACAAAGCCGGUAUCAUAAUGGUACCUGAGGACGCCAAAAAGGGAACGGAGCUCGACUACGUCCUGGCGAAUAAAAAUCCUUUAUUUCAGAAACCUGUCUAUCUCGAGCUAUGGGGCUCACCGCUGUUCGGCAUCCGGCAGAAGUUCAUUUCGCCCGAAACCGCCGAAGGCACCAUCUUCCUACUCGGUCAAUUGGACUUCGAAAAGCAAGCCAUGUACCACCUGACGGUGCUGGCGAAUGAUGCGUACGCGGAACCAGGUCAGGAUACGCGUAACAUCGCCGGUCUAGAAGUGGUCGUCAUCGUCGAGGACGUACAAGAUGUACCGCCUGUGUUCACAGUGGCACCACCGGUGACUCGUCUUCCGGCCGGACUAAUACCCGGCGAUAAGGUCCUUCAGGUGCACGCCGAGGACGGAGAUAAAGGUGUUCCUCGCGAAAUUCGCUACGGGCUGGUGUCGGAAGGAAACCCUUUCACGUCGUUCUUCGACAUCAACGAAACAAGCGGUGAAAUAUCGUUGCUUCGGCCGCUGGACGACAUCUUAGCGUUGACACAUGCUGGAGAUCCUGUCCUGCUGACUGUGAUAGCGGAAGAAGUGAAAGUGAGCCGAGACGAACCACCAGCUAUGGCCACGACGGUGCAGUUGGCGUUCUUCUUGCCCGAGCGCAGCAACUCACCACCGUACUUCGAAAACGACCACUACGUAGCACGAUUGGACGAAAAUGCGGCCCCGGGUACUGUGCUGGCGUUUACGGAUCCAUAUACGCCUCGCGUCAUGGACGACGAUGCUGGCAAGAAUGGUGUGUUCUCACUGACGCUGCUUGGCAACAAUGGCACGUUUGAGAUCUCACCGAACGUCGCCGAAGGGCACGCGAACUUUGUUGUGCGCGUGCGAGACAACACCCGGCUCGACUACGAGACGGCCACGUACGUCAACUUCCAGAUUCUUGCUCAGGAACUCGGUCCGGCCACCAACCUCUCGACGCUUGUCAACGUGACUGUAUACCUAGCCGACGUGAACGAUAAUGCACCGGUGUUCGAACAGCCUGAUUACAUCGUCGAUCUGCCGGAGAACAUGACAGCCGGGACGCGCGUCGUUCAAGUCCACGCGACUGACGUAGACACCGCCGGGUUAGGUGGUCGUGUCCGUUAUACUCAGAUCCUGGGUCCACACAACACCUCGCUUAAUUUGGAUCCGGCUUCCGGUGUGGUGUCGGUGGCCCUCAACAAUCACGGUUUCGAUCGUGAGGCCAUGCCUGAGUACCAUCUAUACGUGGAAGCUCGCGAUGACGAUGGCAUUGGGAACCGUGCUCAGGUACCGCUCGUUAUCCGGCUGAUCGACGUCAACGAUGAGACGCCCGUGUUCGAGCGGUCUUUGUACGAGUUCAUCCUGGCAGCGGAUCUGCGCAACUUUACCGUACCAGCGUACAUCCGUGCGACUGACGCAGAUGCGGAAGCACCCAACAACGAGGUGCGCUAUGAGCUGAUCUACGGCAACUAUGAGAGCAAGUUCUUCCUUCACCCGAUUACGGGCGAGCUGCGGCUAAAUGGGCCGCUUGUACCCCGAACCACAAGCCCUUCUACGGUGGGUGGAUUGCGACGUCGCCGUCGUCAGGCCUUAGCCCCCGGCACCACUAGUCAGCAACAGCAACAGCAGCAGAAGGAGGCAGAUGUGUUCGUCCUGACAGCACGCGCCUUCGAUCUGGGUGUGCCGGUGCGCUAUUCCACCACCACGAUCCGGGUCUAUCCACCGGAAAGUCGAACGCGAACAGUUACGUUUAUCGUGCCAGGUCGAGAUCCGGACCGGAAGAAGGUUCAGGACACGCUCGCGGACAUAACGGGUGGUCGCGUCAUCAUCCAAGAGGUGCGCCCGUACCGAUCCGGUGACGGUGGCAUCCCGACGGAUCUGAUCGGUGAGGGAACUGGUACAGGUGGACCGGCCACAGAGCGUUCGGUCGUGAUCGCGACAAUCCUGUACGAUGCCGAUUCCGUCGUCGAUAUUGCCAAGAUCCAACAACGCCUCUCGAUCAAUGGUACCGUCACGAACAUCAUCAGCCAGGAGGAACGCAGUGCCAUCCUCUACAAAGCGGAGAAUCGCGUCCUGUUUUGGCUGCUUAUCUUCCUCGCGAUACUGCUGGCGCUCGGCAUCCUGACGUUGCUGUUGUGCUGCAUCUGCCCACGGUGUCCGCUGAAUGCCACCAACCGAAAAAGAAUCCUUCGCGUGAAUAAUAUCGAAGAUGAUGUACAUCUUGUUCAUAGAAAGCAAGGACUUGGAAAACAAUCCAAAUCUGUGCAGGUCGCCGAGUGGAUGGGACGAAGAGAAGCCUGGUCAGCAGCGAAUCGAUCGACCGAUUCCCGCACCAAGCCGACGCACUGGGAAUACCGAGGACGGCGGGACAUUGGCAAAGGCGCACUAGCGGCGGCCCCGGGCGACGGGGGGGACGACGAGCGGGACGUGGAGGGCGGCCCGGACAACCACGAGGACGACAGCGGCGGCAACGACGGCAAUGGGCGGAAGCGGGCGAACGAUGGCGGGAAGCUGGAGAAGCAUUCGGUUAAAAUUAGAAGUGACAUCAAGAGCAAGUCAACGAAGGACGACGCACAUAUGCACCGGUCGCGCACGAACCUGCUGAAUGCGGACCGGGACAUGUACGUGGAGGACGUGGACGAGCAUGAUCCGGAGUACCAGUCGUUGAAGCGCAUCCAUCAUCAUCAUCACCAUCACCACGGAGGUGCCGGAAAUGGUGGAAAACCGACCACGGACGAACCGCUUCCGAUCGAUGAUGAUUCGAUGCGGCGCCACGAAAUGGAUCGUGGUAGUGACCUCAACUAUGAGCGGCGUGGCAGCUUCAAACGGCAAGGACAUGCGGUUCCCGGUCCGCUGGUGGGACAUGGUGAUGAACACAUCGAACCGCGUGAUCAGUACUACAUUAAGGACGGUAACGCCGAGAUCCUGCGGCUGAUAACGCGUGGUCGCAAUGAGGAGGAAAACAUCUACGUCAACAUCCCGCAGCAGCAACAGCAACAGCGCGGUGGUGCACCUAAUCAGCCGCAGUAUAUCAUGGUGGACAACGGUGGCAAAGAGAUCCUGAUGCGGCGUUACAUUGAGGAGCAAGCGAAUGGGAAGCAGAUCAUCCGAGAGCACUACCAACUGCUGCCGGGUACUACCUUCAUCCAGACCAUCCCGAAUGAGGUGCCUGCCCGGGGUGGCCGAGGUGAGCACGUGACGGAGGUGAAGAUCAAUGCGGCCGGAGGUGGCCGAGCUCGACCUGGAGAUCAACCGGAUGGGUUAAAACCGGCCGUGUCAACUCACUCGCUGAUGCAUCAGGAACUGGAGCACUCGCUCAAGCAGCAGAACGCACUGUUGCGGCAGAUCCUGCUCGAGAAGGAGAAGCUCGAAGAGCGGUACAACCAGUACGAGCAGGCUCUCGAGACCCAGAGUCUACCGUGUCAGUCGAUGGCGGUGGUGGUUGCGGCCACUCAGACGGAUUGUGACACUGGCACCCAGACAGAUCCGAUGCGUGGCCCGGGUGGUGGUCCAGGUGGAGGACGUCGACGUACAAAGAGCGAGAACGACGACUCACUGUCGGAGGAUGAGUACGAGUACGUCCGGUAUAGCCCUCCAGACAGUCCGGAUGGUGUGUAUCUGAUCAAACGUCGGCGUCACCGUAAGAAGACGAAACACCGACCGAGUGCGGGAGGGCUGGACGGAAGUGGCGGAGAGUCAACCGGCGAGCGGAAGUCGAACCGCCGGAUCAUUGUGGUGGAAUCUGUGAAGCGCAAAAUUCGCACCCCAAUCCAGGAGGAGGAUGAUGAACCACUGCACCGAGCGCACCACCGUGGACGAGAGCAAGGCGCUACGGGUGGGAAUCAUCGGCGCGGGGGACAGGAAACCCGCACCAGCAUCCUACGCCGGAAGCGCAGCGAAGAGCUAGCACGUGGUGGCACCGGAAAUGGUACCGGUGCGACCGGAAACGGCAAGGAUGGGAACCGAUUGAAGCGGGAUGUGCUGCUGGAGAUCGCAGAUUCCCUGCAAGCCCCGACGGGUAAGCGUGGCAUGGGUGGUGGUGGAGGUGGCGGGGGCCCGGAUGGACGGCGGAAGAAGGUGUACCGGAAGAACGUGAAGUAUUACGAGGACUCGGACGGCUCGGAGAAGGAGGUGGUAGUGCAGAAGAACUACUUCUCGGCGGAUAGUUUGGAUGAGAUCACGUCGGAUGUGGAGGACUACCGGUACUCGGUGACAAAGACGUCCAAAUCAGUGACAGUCUCCCCGAAAGCGACCCCUGGUGGUGACCAGCGAGUAUCGCGGCGUGACGACAAAACGGAAACGACAACGACGCGCAUCCGGUUGACAACGUCGGAGUCACCGAGCCGACGUCAGGUGGCACCUGCACCACCGAAAGGACCUGCCCCAAAGCCACCACGCCUGAGCAAGUCGAUUUCGAAGGAAGAAGGCCUCAACGACACGCCCACCGAUCAACAUCCGGUCAAUCCGAAGUACAUGGAUUGGUACUACAACCGUGGUAAGGAUUCGGACUCGCUCGAAAAGCGCGAAGGACGCAAACGCGGAGAUCCUCCAGCAGGUGGUGCAGCUGUACACACGACCACGACCACCUCGACGAGCUCUACGACCACCAUCACGACCGGUGGCAGUCGAAAGGCACGCCAGGAAUCGGAUCCAAGCAAGAUCAAACCGGAACCAGCCCCACGCACAAGCCCACCCGCGGCCAAGGAAGCGCGUCUGUUGCGCGAGGACAUUCAACACGCCCGCAAGGUCACACAAUCGCAGCAACAGCAGCAAGGUGGCUCAGAAGCCGGCAACAGUCAUCCACUGCUGCAGCACUCCGAACACCGGUUCGAGGCGGAGUAUGGCGCUAGCCCACAAGUUCCGGCUCCACCGGACAAGCUGCCGCACUACCUCUACCCUGAGACGCCCCCGAUCGUGAGCCGCGACAACAAGGUGCAGAUUAAGAUCGUCGACUCAUCUGCAGGACCUCCGGCACCACCACCGGCGGCAGCGAAACCCGCCCCAACCAAAGCACCACCAGCAGGUGCGAACGCAAAAACCCUCAACGUGUCCACGCUCGAGGACGACCACGAUUCGGGCAUCGCGAUGAACUCGCUGCUCCACACCAAGGGCAAGCGGAACAAGAUCGCGGACAAGAAGAGCAUCUUCACCAUCGCGUACGAUGACGUGCGCAUCCGGCAGAUCCGCUCCGAGAGUGAUACACCACCGUUUUCCUAA